AUGACAGGCCUCGACUCGCGCUAUCGACUGACCGAUUACUUGCCAAGUUCCAAAGCUCAAACGCUGGUUUGUCGCUUCCGGGACAAAAACACAGCCGUCAAAAUGCUCCCUUAUCUUCAAAAGGUCGAGCUUUCUCGUCAGCAGCAGCUAGAAUUCAAGGCGAUCAAAGACAUCUACAGUGAACAUCUCGUGCAUUUUAUCGGCGUCUGUAUUGACUCCCCGAACGUGUGCAUCCUCAGCGAGCAUUGCAAGUGGGGCUCUUUGGGACUUGGUUGCUGGAAUGAGCUACCUGCAUCAGAGCGAAAUCGGCGUUCACGGCUAUUUGAAGUCAAAAACUGUCUCGUAGACAUCCGAUUUUGUCUCAAAAUUGGUGAUUACGGACUUCCAAGUCUUCGAAACGCUAAGAAGUACUGGGAUCAUCCAGUUGAUGCACAGAGUCUUCUAUGGACAGCUCCGGAGAUUCUGAGAAAGCUUGUUGGCGAAAACGACAAAAAAUCACAAUUUUAUGGGACGCAAAAAGGAGACGUCUACAGUUUUGGCAUAAUUCUUCACGAAAUCCUUUUCCGCAAAGGCCCAUUCUAUUUGGAAGAUGAAGAAGCCCAGCCAAGAACACUAGAAUUGAGCCACAUUCUAGCCCAAGUGGCGCAAGUGAAGAGCUGGCCUCAGCCUCAUGAUUGUGAAGAGAUUGAACCGCUCAGACCCAGCUUUAUUCAAGAGAUCGAUAUUGACGACGACUCACUCGUGAAAAAAUAUCGCUCAAAGAAGACUGGAAGUGCCUCCGGAAAUCUAGUCACUGAUUUGGUGGAACGUUUAGGGCAGUGGUCUUCAAACUUAGAAGCAAUCGUAGAGGAAAGAACACAGGGCUAUCUUCAGGAAAAGGAAAAAACAGAGAAUCUUCUGAAUGAGAUUUUACCUCGGCCAGUUGCCACCAAGCUUAUCAAUGGCGAGCCCGUUCAACCCGAGGCAUUUGGCUGUGUGACGAUCUUCUUCUCUGAUAUCGUCGGCUUCACGGCGCUUGCCAGCGCGUCCAAACCGCACGAGGUCUGCCAAAUGCUCAAUGAUCUAUACACGCUCUUCGACGCCAUUAUUGACGGCUUCGAUGUUUAUAAGGUGGAGACCAUUGGAGAUGCGUACAUGCUUGUGUCAGGUCUUCCAACGCGUAAUGGAGAUCACCACGUCGAGCAAAUUUGUCUAUGUGCUCUUGCGCUCUUACAGAAUGUUCAAGGAAAUUUUAAAAUUCAUCAUCGACCACAAGAGCAACUAAAGCUCCGAAUCGGCAUUCAUUCAGGCCCAUGUGUAGCCGGCGUAGUUGGAAAGAAGAUGCCACGCUACUGUCUCUUUGGUGAUACGGUCAACACUUCUAACAGAAUGGAAUCGAGCGGCUUACCUUUGAAAAUUCAUCUCUCGCCCAAGUCCCAUGAUAUACUAGAGAAUUCAUUCCCGUCGAAGUUUAUUACUGAGCUGCGUGGCCCUGUUGAAAUGAAAGGCAAAGGGAAGGUGACGACGUAUUGGCUGCUGGGAACUGAUUCUGGACCAUUUGAUGAACCGAAAUGGGAAAAUAAGCAGGAUGGCGAGCAAUUCGUCGAUCAUCCAAAGUUUGACUCAGCGAUAUCGAUGACUCCUAUCCCUCACCGAGCGGUGACAAAUCUCAUGCGCAACAGAAUAUCAAAGAGCGGCUCUCCUCAAGUCACCCGUUCUCCUCGGCUCAAAGACAUAGUUUCACAUUCCUUUUCUUAA